AAAGACGUGCUUGUGAUCAGCUGACUGGAUUGUUGACGAAGCAAACUUCCCUCCCGGAAAAGGGUCAUCCAAACUCCUCAAUACGCCGGAAUGUGUCACAUAUGCUCGCCUUUAUACUUAGCCUCGUGAUUAUUUGAUGAAUUGUAAGUUUUGUAUUCACAUUUGCAUCUGUAUUUAAGCCGUUUAGCACAUAAAUGCCACCGCUGCACCUGCGAACGAGACACGCGUAACAUCACCGGGGCUAUUUCGAGAGGGUUUGAAGGGAAAAGUCUCCAUGGAAAUCCAACCGGAGGGUAGGCGACUCCUGGAUGCUGACGGUCGAGAUGAUGACGAUCCCACUGGGCUCAUUUCCGAACAGGACGCUUAUCUUAGCAAAGUCAGCAACAGGAAGUUGUACCUGGCCACCUUGGCGUCCGUGCUGGGCCCCAUGAGCUUUGGCUUCGUGCUGGGCUACAGCUCGCCCGCCAUCCCUGAGCUCGCGGGGAGCCCGGACCCCCGACUGCGGCUGGACGCCGUACAGGCGUCCUGGUUCGGGUCGGUGGUGACGCUGGGGGCGGCGGCGGGCGGCCUGCUGACCGGCUGGAUGGUGGACAAGGCGGGCAGGAACCUGACUCUCAUGUUCUGCUCGCUGCCCUUCGUCUUUGGCUUCACCGUCAUCAUCGCCGCCCACAACGUGGGGAUGCUCUACGUCGGGCGCGUGCUGACGGGGCUCGCCAGCGGAGGCGCCUCGCUCGUCGUGCCGCUGUACAUCUCUGAGAUGGCCCACGAACGCGUGCGAGGGAUGCUGGGCUCGUGCGUGCAGCUGAUGGUGGUGCUGGGCAUCAUGGGAGUUUACCUGGCUGGUCUGUUUGUGGACUGGCGCUGGCUGGCGGUGUGCGGGGCGGUGCCGCCCACGCUGCUCAUUUCGUCCAUGUGCUUCAUGCCGGAGACGCCGCGCUUCCUGCUGUUGCAGGGCAAGCGGCGCGAGGCCGAGGAGGCGCUGCGCUUCCUGCGGGGGCCUCAUGCGGCUGUGGAGUGGGAGUGCGCCCGCAUCGAGGAGGCCUGCGACCAACAGAGUUCCAGCUUCCAGGCGUCGGACCUGAAGGAUGCGGGCGUUUACAAGCCGCUGGCCAUCGGCGUGAUGCUGAUGUUCUUCCAGCAGAUGUCGGGCAUCAAUGCCGUCAUGUUUUACGCCCAGAACAUCUUUGAGCAGGCGCAUUUCAAGGAGAGCGACCUGGCCUCGGUGAUGGUGGCCGCGGUUCAGGUGGUCUUCACCGGCGUGGCGGCGCUCGUCAUGGACAAAGCCGGAAGGAAAGUGCUGCUCGUCAUUUCAGGCGUGGCCAUGGUGAUCAGCACGGCGACGUUUGGGCUUUACUUCUUCUUAAUGUCCAGGAGCUCCUCUCCGGAGGAACAUCACACGAACAUGGCCUGGUUGGCCCUCACCAGCAUGGCCGUCUUCAUCACGGGCUUUGCUUUGGGUUGGGGUCCCAUCCCAUGGCUGGUGAUGUCCGAGAUCUUCCCGGUGAAAGUUCGCGGCUUCGCCAGCUCCGUCUGCGUGCUGACCAACUGGGGCAUGGCUUUCGUCGUCACCAAGAGCUUCCAGGACAUGAUGACUCUCCUCACCAGUGCGGGAACUUUCUGGCUCUUCUCGUGCAUGUGCCUCCUCAGUGUGGUCUUCACCAUUGGAUUUGUGCCGGAAACUAAAGGCCGCACGCUGGAGCAGAUCGAGGCCAACUUCCAGGGAACGGCGGGACCGUGAUGGCUUCCAGAAACCUCAUUAAAAACAACGCAAAUGUUCUCAAAAUUGUUUCCAUCGCACAAGCAGCAAGAGUACUUGGAGGAGGGGCGUGGUCACUACAUAUCAAUCCAUGUGAGCUCACUACUGUUGGGAAAAACAGAUUGCAAUUUUUUCCCCAUUUUUUUGUUCAUAAAUGAAGCUAACAUGUUUCCUUGAACUCAUCUCAGGCGGGUUAAUUUUUUUUAUAAUGCAUACAAACGGUUCUGAGAUGACAGAAGUGCAUAUUUUACGAGUAAUUAUGAGGUAAACUGAUCAAAAGCUGAUGGAAAGAUUCCACACAGCCCCUGGUGGGUUUCUUGAGCAAGGUUGGCAAUAUGGCCCUAUUUGGAUCAUUUUGAUGAUUGUUAUUCAAUAAUCAGUAAAUUAAUUACGUGUUUAUUAAUUCAAAUGGAGCCAAAAAUGGCCCUUUGAGCAUUUACAUUAUCAAAAGUACCAUAAUAUUUGUUG